CCCGAACACCACGCAAAACAUCGUUCUCGCGCGCGUUCGUCACUUAGAAUUGGCCUUCAAUUUCGCACGUAGCGCGUCUCAUCUCGCAAAAGUCGGGGCUCACUCACGGCACCCCCCCGAGCGUCCCUCAUAGCUAGACACAAGGCAUCGUCGCCAAACCGCGUCCACGACGCUUCUUACAUCGCCCACAACGGCGUACACACACGGGUCGGCCUAAAUCAUACGCAAGCGCAUGGAAGUUAUAUAGGUGCUGCAGUUGCUUCCGUCGGCCGCGCCACUUUUCUUGCACUUAGGCUCUGGGGGAGGAUACGACGCAGUCAAUGUCGAAGAGAAGCGCCUCAGAGUACAUUACCAAGGACGGCAUUGGAAGUAUGCAAGGGCAAGAUGAUGCUCCUGUUCAGCGAGCAACAGCUGCGCAGCUUGCGAACCGCAAAAUCGCUCAGGCGCGCGGCCGUAGCGGAGCCAGACAUCGUACCGCACAAUCAAGUGGCUUUUCGACGCCCAGUACAUUUGGGAGCUCAACCUCCCAGAGCUUUCCUCCUGUGAACGGUCCCUCUGCCGUAGGCAACGGAACGGCGAGUGUUUCCUUCGGAGGUUUCGGGUCUGGUGGCAUCGGCAGCAGUUCGACCUUUAAUUUCAGCGCUGGAGGUAUUGGUACAAUCAACAACCCGUUCGCGCAACAGAGUCAGCAACCGUCAACAAAUGGUGCAGGCUCAGGUAGCAUCUUCAACUUCGGAGGCGGUCAGUCGCAAACGAGCUCUCCAUUUCAGUUUGGCAGUACGCAGCCUCAACAGCCAGCGUCCAACAUUUUCGGCGCGUCGCAAACGCAAUCAACACCUACGUUUGGUGGAUUUGGAGCCUCGCAGUCGACAGGGACGACAAGCCUGUUUAGCACAUCUACAUCACAACCUGCCUCGAUAUCAGGUUUUGGCGGAUUUGGCUCUUCAUCUAGCGCUACUACCACGAAUUCAUCGAAUCUAUUCAGUGGAACAUUUGGUCAGUCCGCUGCGCCGUCAACAUCGACGCCUGCGCCAAGCUUUGGGGGCUUCGGACAAGCAGCACCUUCGUUUGGUCAGACAAAUGGAGACUCUAUGAUGUCUAUCACGCCCGAGUCAUCACCUCAAAAGAGACUGGGCUGGAACAAAGAUGUUACAAACGGGAUGGCAGAUGCACAGAACGACGGAGCCGAAUCACCAGAUCGGCCACCGCACGUCGAACAGGAGAGUGGGACACGACCGAAUCCGUUCCAGAAUAUCCAACGUGCAAACCCGCCAGCACCGACGCCCAAACCAGCAGAGCCCAAACCUGCAUCAGCACCUUUAUUUAGCUUUAGCCAACCAGCUGCAGUUGAGAAGUCGACAGAGCUUGGAAAGUCGCAAGAGCAGGAAAAGGAAAAUCAAAAGCCAAGUCUGUUUGCUUCAGCUAAGCAAACAAGCACGGAAGCACCAACAAACCCAUUUGCGACAAUCCAGCGAAUGUCUCAAUCCACACAGUCGCCACUCUCGCAAACGCCGUCACAGCCAGAGCAACCAAAGUCGCUCUUUGCCAGCACACCAAUCACAGCACAGUCUUCCAGUUCUCCUGCAAAGCCAUCUUUAUUCAACCCAUCCACAACGUUGUCCAGUUUUAGUAAGCCGGCAGAAAAUGUCCCGCUUUCACAGCCGGCUCCUCAGUCUGAGCCUGAGCCAACGCGUAUUCAGUGGGGCAAAGUCGACACCUCGUCAAAGCCAGCGGAGACCAUCUUUUCGAAGCCCACAGCUGUGUCCCUAGCACCUGAGCCUUCACCUGCUCCUCAAUCGCCCGAGAAGGCAGCUACUCUUCCAACGCCAAGCACUGCAAAAUCCGCCUUCUUUCAACAACUCUUACCGAUUGUCUUACGGGAAGACAACUUGCAGGCUCCAAACCAAAGUCUCAACUCGGAGGAAAAGACGUCAUGGUAUCAGGUCUUGAAACUGAAGCGUCUGAAUCAGAUAUUCAGUCAGAUGUGGAGCAAGGCACCUGAUCAUGCAGACUUGUCGUCUUAUUGCCGAGAUUAUAUUUUGCUGGCAGCUGAGAUAAAGAAACCAACAGAAAACGGCCGUUUAGGUGGCAUAGCAACUGUCCCUAAGGAAGGUACGAACAAACGCAAAGCAUCACCAUCAGAAGAGCAAGAGCCGGAGAAGAGACCGAAGACGAACGGAGACGCUCCAGCAUCUGAAACUGGGAGCAAAUUUCAAAGCAUCUUCGAAUCGUCGGGGCAGAAGAACAAUAUUUUCCAGGGCACAAGCAAUAUUUUCGCUGCUGCAAGUCCUACUCCAGCCAAGACCGCCAACAUCUUCGCACAAAGCACAGCAUCCCCAGCACCAGCGCCUUCGCCAGCUAAGAGUCUGUUUUCUUCUUCCACGGCUGCACCCGCGUCCUCAGGUAGCAGUCUCUUUAGCAGCAAGUCUAAUGCAACACUGGCGAACUCAACAGAGGCAAAUUCUACCAACGUAUACUCCAAAGAAAGUACAGCGUCCGCUACUUCGACAACUCCAGCAUCAGGCGGUACCAGCGUGUUUCAGUUUAAGCCAGUUGGGACCUCAAAGGCGAGCAGCGCGCCUCCAGCUACAACAUUUGUAGGCUUCAAGCCUACGAAUAACUCAACAGCCUCUUCAUCUGCAGGCCCUCCAAAGUUGGAUGCUAAUGCUUCAGCAAGCAGCUUUCUGAGUCAAUUUGCUAAGAGUGCUGAAGAAACAGCGAAGGAAGCAAAGAGAAAAGCUAUGUUGGAAGACUACGACUCGGAUGAAGAGACGAAAGAAGAGUGGUCAGCAAGAUAUGAUCGUGAGCAAGAAGAAAAGAAGAAGAAGCUUGCCGCAUCUGCCACUAGCAGUUUCAAGUUUACUCCGACUUCAAGUGUGGCCGGUAGUAAUGCCGGCUCAGGUGACGAGGCGGAAUCGAAAGCAAAGCCUUCGUUCCUCGCACCACCUACGACGAACAGUUUAUUUUCUGGCCUGUCAAGAACCCCAAGCCCUGUGUCUGCGGCCUCGCCAUCAGGUUCUGUAUUUGACAUGCCGCGUUCAAACACGCCUGGUCAGCUUAGCAAAGAUAAUCCGUUUGCAAACCUUUCACGUCAAGCUUCGGAGAAAGGAGAUGCCGAUGAUGAGGACGAGGAUUCAUCAGCUGACGGAGACGUGCAGUCACUGGAUGAAACAAACGAGGAAGGACAAAAUACCAAUGGAGAAGCGACACCGAAAGUUAACGGUGUGCAGAAACGAGUCGGGCCUUUCGAGGAGGAUGAAUCUGAGGAAUCACGGCCGACGACACCGAAGCCUGCCGAAGAGCGGAAGGACGGCCUGUUUGGUCGCGUUUCUAGGGAUCCACCAGUUUCCGGCGACCGAACGCCUCUUGCCACAACAGGCGCCAAUACCAGCAGUGUGUUCAGCACUUCAGCUACAACAGCGGGUAUUUGGACGCCGAAGGAUCCUAUUAAGUUUGCCAACAAGGACACUUCUUCCGAGGGUGAAAAGGAGACGGCUAAGAAGCCGUUGUUCAACUUCGCCCCAGUCGGAAGUUCAUCACAAGCGCCUCAAUCUGUCUUUAGUGGCCUAUUUGCUGGUACGCAGAAUAGUUCGGCUACACCAUCCGGGCCCGCCACACCCUCGCUCUUUGCAAAUCUUAAUGCUUCAGCCUCCAAGCCUUCUGGUGGAAACUCGCUUCUCGCUCCACCAUCAGGGGCGACCUCUGUAUUUAGUACGCCGGGGUGGAACUCUCGUGCGUCAAGCGUCGCACCUUCCGAUGUGUCAGGCGCGGAGUCGACGGCUGGCGAGGGCGAAGAACCCAAGCCCGAUGUUCAAAUUGAUAUCUCCGACAUGGCAAAGGACAAAGAGGGUCAUGAAGUCAUCUUCGAAUCGUCAAAAGUUAAAGCGACGCGCUUUGAAAAGGCCGACGAGGCGGCCAAACGCGCCGAGGGCUGGCAAGUCAUUGGAGUUGGACCUAUUGCCAUCUUGAAAAAUGAUGAUACCGGCGUGGUCUCUAUACUCAUGCGCACAACACCAUCGGGCAAAAUUAUCAUCAAUACCCGCAUGAGCAGUAUUCUCAAGGCAGAGGUCAUGAAGAAGAGAGCGCGCAUCAUCAUCCUUUCUAAAUCUGGUCCUGAGCCUCACCUAAUCAGCUUCCAGACAGAGGACGAUUGCAAAGCUUUCGUGGAUGCUUGCAAGGCGAAUGGAGCGAAGUAGAGCAUUUACGUCUAGAGGGGAUGGAGAGUACGAAAUCAACGUAGAUAAGGUGGUUGACGGAUGCUGGCGGUCUUAAACACGCACAUUCUGCUUUCCCUUGCCUGGCACUGUUCCUCUCCGGGGGCUUGACGCAUAUGACGACUUUGAGAGGAACGUCGUGUUGUCCUAGACGAGGAAGUUUCAAUUGUGCUGCAGGUUACAUGCGCCCGAACGAGCCCACUGAAGUCUUGCACGGGAACAUGCAUGGACUCUAUUCACCCUUGGAUCUUUUGACAACUGGUCUACCGUUCAUUGUAAUAGCUUUUUCUUUUUUUUUUUUAUUUUCAUCUUCUUUUUGGGUUGAAGCGUACCGGCAACAAACUAGGUAAGAUAUCAUGGAAGAAUUACUGCAUAUGGGCGGGCGCGUUUUGUACACAUUCUUAACAAGGUCUUGUUGCUUUUCACUUUUCUUUCGAGAAUAUACACUGGCAUGAACUAGCGUCGCCUAGCGUGGCAAGGCGCUUUAUCGCGUAGGAUGUAUAAAAUUGGCUCUUCAUAAUCUAGCAUGAGAGACACACAGAAUCCCUUCUUUCC